ACUCAACGGUUCAUUCCACAAGCGUCGCCAUCAUGGAUGCAUCGCCGCUCGACGCCACCUUGCGCCACAAGUGGCAGUCGGACGUCGACGCCUCUGCGCGACGCUUUGUACUCUUUCACGUUCUCAUGGUGUUGAAGACCAAGUACGGCACGAUCGACGCGCGCAUCUCGGGCAUCGCCCGCCGCGCCGAGCUCGCGCUCUACUCCCGCGCCCACUCUAUGGACGAGUACCGCAACCCGCGCACGCUCUGCAAGCGUCUCCACGCGCUCAUCAUCAAGCUCUACGCGCAGCAGAGCGAAGCCAGCAAGAAGCGCAAGGCGCCGAUGAGUCCGACGAGCAGCCUCGUCAAGCGCCGUAAAGCGACGUCAAGCUUCCUUCUCGACGGGCACGACGGCGCGCUGCGAACGAUUUGCACGUUCCUCGACACGCGGUCGGUCAUGGCCUUGGCGGCGACCAACCGCGCCGCGCAGUCGAUUGUCCCGCUGCACGUGACGUCGCUCGUGCUGCACGCGGCCCGCUUGCCGACGAGCGCGCGCUGGUUGCAUCAGUUUCCGAACCUUGCCGUCUUCCGGCUUUUGGGCGACAACCGCUUUGGCUUUGGCGACGUGGCCAUGGACGAUAUGGACACGAGCUCCAACACCGCCGUCGAGUGGGCUCUGGCAGGCCUCGAGACGACGGCGUACCCGCAUCUCCGCGCCCUCGAGCUUUCGCACGUGUACUGCGACGGCCUCCACGACCCGAUCACGCACCGGAUCGCUCAGGUCACGGAGAAGAGCCCGAGCCUCACGUCGCUCGCACUCCAGGGCAACUGCAUCUCGGACGCCGGGGCGUUGGCGCUGGCCAGCCGCAUGACGCACCGCCGCCACCUCGUCAUGGACUUGGACCAUAAUUUUAUUGGCGAGGCUGGGGCGGCGGCGCUGGCGGCGGUGACGGCCACAGUGUCGCUGCGAAACAACCUCAUGGAGCCGACGGCAUUCCAGCGCUCUCCGACCCCAGAAGCCCGAUACAAGUCGAGUGCGGCGCUCCUCCCACCCGUCGCAUAACCAUAAUACAAAGUCUUCCACCAUCCU